AUGACGGGCAUUGGAAGAGCAAUUAAAACAAAGAAGUUAAAUUCGAGGUAUAUUAGACCGUUUGACAUUCUGAGGCGAUUCGGACCGGUGGCAUAUCAAGUAGCUUUGCCACCUCACUUGUCUAACUUGCAUGAAGUAUUCCACAUGUCACAACUCCGUAAGUACACGUCGGAUGCGGCUCAUGUGUUAGAACCCGAGUCGGUUGAGUUAAGGGAGAACUUGACUUUUCAAGUAACACCGGUGCGUAUUGACGACACCAGUGUGAAGAAGUUACGCGGAAAAGAAGUUCAGUUGGUUAAAUAUGCUUGGAAGUGA